AAAUGGUAUAAUGGCUACUUUCGAAAAUAGAUUGAGUCGUAGGAAAGGUAAACAUGGUGAUGAAGUAUAUAGGUUAGACACUAAAAAUAAAACUCCCGAGGAGAAUAUAAUCGAAAUUAUUCAAGGUCUAUACUUGAAGAAACCGUUCCACCCUGAUACCUCACCCACUAACAAGAAUGUGCCUACCGAUUUUAAGCCAGGUUUUAGAAGUAUGCAAAAGUCAAACUCAGAUAGUCUUAGAAUGUCCUACCUAAACGCCCUAGUAAUGCUUUUACGAAAGGAAGAAAGAAGUAACCUGGGAUUCACCACUGAUGAGUUGAUGGUUUGCCUACGUGUGAGUCUAGUUGAUAAGUCUAUGGUCAUAAGAGCAGCUGCUUUAAGAGUUCUACGAUAUUUAUUAAAAACGGAGAGUGAUGUUGCUACAUUUAAUGUGAUGAAAUUACCCUAUUUAGUAGUAAGGUCAAUGGAUUUGAUGUUACGUAAUGAGGAGGAAAGAGCUCAAGCUUUAAGAGUAGUAAGGAGAAUUAUAGCUGUGGUCGGAGCAGUAGACCAGGGCCAAAGUAGACACAGGUCUGCUUAUGUAGAUCAAGGUCUGCUUAGGUGUCUAGCAUCUGUUGCUAGGGCAGGGAGUGCAGGAGACGGAACUGGCGAUCGAUUGUCAAGACCAGCUAUAGCAACACUGGCAGAAAUAUGUGUGCUGAAUCCAGAUUUAUUCAUAUCCUGUGGUGGAGUGACUGCGGUUACAAGACAGUUGGCUGAAUGUGCCACUCCCAGAAUGGCUGAAGCAUUAUGUGGUGUUCUACUUCACACAUUCAAUGAUCCAAACUCGCGUAAUGCUGCUAGAAUCGAUCUAACUUGCCUGAGCUCACCAUACUGUGAUUUUCACUUCCGACCAGCUGGUACCGAUAGUAGCAGAGAUGAGCGUGAGAUGCGUUUUACGUGUAGUCGUCUCGCGCUGUUGUGUGUGUUGCGCAGCUGGCCCGGCCUGCUGCACUUCUGUCAUCCGCAGGCUCCGGGGGGCUUGAGGGCUCUGGUACACGCGUUAUACCUACCUCGCCUUGAGGUUCGAAAAGCUAUUUUGGAUCUCCUUUACGAGUUGGUUGGUCUACCUCAGCCGGAGUGGACGGACGAAAUAUCCGUAGCUUUAGGUGCUGUUGAUCCGUCCGACUUUCAAGAUUCUUUCCGCCUGAAUGAAGGGUUCGUGGCGGCGGAGGGCAUGUCCAUUCUACCUCACCUCAGCGCCACCGGCCUCGAUAUUAUUGAGGUUCAUCUCGCGCUCCUACUGCAGUGCUUUUUGGAGGCUGGCCUCCUCGACGGUUUGGCGGAAGUGAUAGUGACGAGCGACACGUUCAUAUCGGUGCGGGCGACGGUACUGCUCGGGCAACUGCUGCACCUCGUCAACUCGCUGCUGCCGCCCCCUCUGAGCGCGUUAUCGCCGGCCCUGCCCACUUUGUUGGGUGUGGCCGCAGCGGGCAAACCCGCCGCCCUCGCUGCAGUGGCGGCUCUACACCGACUCAACGCGACUAUGGAGGCGCGUCCGGCAGCUAACAGCCUAUUCCUCGACCACGUGAUACAAUACUGCAGUGGUGUGUUCGUGACCAGAGAUAACACGUCCAAAAGUAGAAAAGAAAGAGACAACGCUAGUGUCGCUAGUCCGAAAACAGAUGUGCUUUACAAGGAUAACAGUAUUGAGUUUUUGAACGAAUCGGAUGGGGAAUAUGAGCCUAAGCAGAGGCACAGUGUAGGCUCGAGAGCAGAUUUAGCGUCUAGAAACGUCAGUGCCCUCGUUAAGAGCAGAAGCGUCAGUUCUCGUACUAGUGCAGCCGUCAGAAAAGUGACGAAGACGAAAUUCUUCAACUUGUUCGAACGUGAAAGUGACACUCUACUCAAGUCCUCCCUAGUGAUGCAGAACAAAGAUGGCAAUACGUGGAAUUGGGAAAUCAUUCGGACAAUAUUAAAGGAAACAGACAGCGCGCCCCUCCUAGACCUCAACGACAGCGGUCACCGCGCGUGGGCGGCUCGCAUCAUGAACUAUCUACGGCCGUCCGCCAACAAGUACUCCCAUACCGACCUGUCGAGCUCCGGGCACGGGCACGCUGCCACGCGCGCCGGCUGCCAGCUUAUACGGCAUUUGCUGAGGCAUAAUGACUUGGACUCUCAGAAGCUGUUAGAGGACUUCUUUAACGACGUGAGCCGUCAGAUAGAGGCUAUAGAGACGGGGCGCAAGGCGCACGAGUGCCUGUUCAGCCCGCAGCACAUGUGCACCACCAUGUGCCAGAUGUACUUCCUAUUCGUGGGGCAGCUGUGCCACUCAUACACCGGCCUGCGGAUGUUUAAAUCGACGAGGCUUUAUGAGAACCUCUUAGAACUAUCAACCAAAACUCAUCAUAGCUGUUACGUUAAGUUAGUUAUAUCAAGUCUAGAUUAUACGUUAGAUGCCUGCCCCCGUGAUAUUCUUGCCAAAACGAUGACGUGCAAUAUUCAAGCAUCCAGACUGUAUGCUACUCAGUUCCUAAACGUCCUCCUGCGAGCUUCUAGAAAGAGCAUCGAACUCAUCCGUAAGAAGUCCAAGUUAAAGAAGAACUUUGAACCUUGGAGACAGCGGGAUAUGGGUGAAAAUUCCGUGGACAUGGACACGUGGCUGCUGCAGAUGUUGAUCGUUCAAAUAAAAGACGAAUCUAAGGCGGUUGUGAAGUGUGCUCUGACGAUUUUGGAGGAGGCGUUCAGUGUACCAGUAUUAUUUGAUAAGCUGAUGACGAUGCGUGACACGUUGGGUCAGAACUGUCGGUUAGAUCGGUCCAUGGAGCCGUCUAACAUUGACUGGUCGGUUGCGGGUGACAGAGGCUACCUUCUGUGGCUGACGUUGGAAAUAACCGCCGCUAUACAAUCGACGGACGCCGCUUCAUCUACGUUUGUGAAGAAACACCUGGAGUUUUGGAACAAGUUUUAUAAUUAUAGAUACGUGCGCUUAGUCGAUGCGGCGUUGCACGAAGCGCUAGCGGCCGGGGCGGGUGGGCGACGCUCGCGGGCGCGACGCUCCGCCCGUCCCCCCGCCCAUCUCCACGCCGCGCUCGCCGCCGCCAUGCCACCGUCACAACCGUCACAGCCCGCGUCGCAGACGGCGUCACACUCGUCACAGUCGGCGUCACACUCGUCACACCUGUCGCACACGCCCGCGUCACACGCACCCGUGCCGCGCGCGCGACUACAUCUGAUGACUGCGCUACCUCCGCACUACAAGGUGUUACAAAAGAAGAAGUGUUCUACUGAACAAGAGAUAGCGAAUCUCAAGGCUUCACUGUGGGCCAUAGGCAGUACAGCGGUGACACCACAGGGCCUACAGUUACUUAUGACGCUGAGCAACGGUUUUCUAGAAGAUUCUGCGCCGGUCCACAUAGUGAGGCUGGUCAAAUACUGCCCGGUGUACUCCGUGCGAGCGACGGCUUUCUACGUGUUAGGUCUAAUAGGCAGUACCUACGAUGGAGCCAACUUGUUGGCUGAGCUUGGUUGGCUGUGCGUCCGACAUACACGACACGAGCAAUUCCCCGUGAUACCGGACGAGAACUACACCCAAGUGAUGGACCCUACCGACACCGCUCACUACUACAUCACCUCACCCGACCGUCGGUACAACGCCUUCGACAUCGACCUCAGCGAGCAAUCCGACCACACAGAUCAGAGUACCGCGGAAAGUUUACACUCCGAGAGCACGAAACUAAACAAGACUAUCGGACCGAUAUCGUUGGAGAUCGAAAACCAAGAUGUCGUCGAUCAUAAGUUGGGUCUGCGCGAGCCGAGUCGCAAAUCUCAUACGCUGCCGACGCAGGGUUGCUCUACGUCCCAAGAGAGGUCUUUAACUGAGUCACGGACGGUUGAUAUCUUACGAGAUGUGACCAGCUACGACCGGUCUGGGCAUAGAAUGAACUUAGAGAAUAGGCUCCUGCCUGUCAGAAUGAAUUCGCUAGAACAUGCGCAUGAGGGUAGAGUGAGGAAUACCAGUGAGUCGAGCACUAGCGGUGUCAGCAGUUGCGACUCCUUCGUUGGGAAAUAUGCUAUACCGGAUCGUGUGCUGACUCUGAGCCCUAUACCGAGCUCGUCGAGUCUGUACGGCAUGAAGGCGAGCGCUAGCACGCACCGACAACGGCUCGAGUCGCACCGACGGACUUCCACGUCAAGUUUUAAUCCGGAGGUGGCCAGCUCGCCGCCCGCAACGCUCGAUAUGAGCGGCUACGCGACGCUGCACUCAUUCAACAAACAUAGGAGGCCUCAUCUAUCGGAGAGUGCGGCGACAGAAGAUGACCUGAGCUGGCUGCUGACGGACACCAACUCGCGCGCCAAGCCCUUUCUCUCCCUGAGGGAUAGGUCCAAGUCCACGAGGGAACGAAUGGCCAAAAUGAGCCUGUUCGAGUACGACUGGCAGCAGGUUCGCUGCGAGGCGGGCAGUACCGAGUUGCCGCCCCCCGCACCCGCGCCGCCUGCGAUGCUGCCCACCACGCACUACGUCGGCGUCUGCCUGCCCAGGGACCUCAUGGAUUUGUUCCCCAGGGAAGAAGAUGUGAAGCCAAAUGACACUAAAGACUCCACAUUAGUUCAAACUCGAGUUCCUUCCUUUUUAGCUGACUCCAUAGUUAUAAGUGAUAGUAAAUCUCAGAACCCAGCCGUCACUACGUCGGCCAUUAUAAACAUCUCGAAAACCGACCACGGCAUGACAAGGAUAAUAGAAACUAAGGUGGAGCUGCCGACGCAUAUCGAGAAAGAAUCGGACGAGCUCGCGAGUUUGACGAAGGUGACGGAAGAUUUGAGGAUAGAGGAAAAGAAAGAGAAGGAUGAUGAUGUUAGGCUGAGAAGUGAGGAUGUGGCGGAGAUAAGCGACGGCAGUAGGUCGGUGGGCGGGGCCACGUUUACGCACUCCCCGUCCACGUGUCUUGCGUGCGUGCGUGCGCGCCCGCCGUCUGCGCACGAGUUGCGGCAGGCGUUCUUGUCAGGCUCGAGCGGUGUAUCGAGGGAGACCAGUGCAAUCCACUCUCAACUUUUGAAUCACGUGCUUUUUAUGGCCAACCCGAUUCAUCUGCGACAGACGCGGUCCGCGCUGCUGUCGCUGAAGCAGCUUCAUCCGGACGCGUUCCACAGCGCGUGCGUGUACAGCGACGUGUGCGCGCUGCUCGCCCGCGGCACGUAUAUGCUGUGCGCGCGACGCUUCCUCCAGGAGCUGUUCUUGGACACCGCGUUCGAGUGUUUCGCCGGCGAGCCCGCGGCCGUGCUCGCUCGCCACGCCACACCCCGCGGCUCUCGCGCGCCGCUAUCGCCCCUCCCACCCACCGUCGAGGCCACGUAGAUAUGCCGGUACAUUUAAAUAUAACGCCCUACUAAAAUAGUUACACAAUGGAUGCGCUCUACCAGUGCCGGCUUGAGACACGUUUUAGGAUAGAGUGUGCUGGUUAUGACGCCCUCGCUCCUCAAGUGGGUAAUAAAUUCCUGGCUACUGAGGUGCCCUUUGGGAGUUGGUGUCUUGAGUGGCUGCUUAGUUCGCCCUAUAGUAGGGUCGGCCCUGCGCUUUACUAUCUUGUUUAUCUCUAGUGCCCGUUUGUUUUAGAUUUUUAACAGUAUCUAUCCAAUAGCUUUUUUAAUCGGUUAAUGUUUCGAUGAUUACUAAUCAACAUUGCUAGUAAAUAUAAAAAAUACUGUCAAAAAAUCUAAGACGCUUGAUAGACAAGGACAUUGUAUAGCGUAUCCGUUGUGUGAAUUUUUUUAGUAAGUAUGGAUAAUGUAUAGGUGCGCUAGGGCAGCAAAUUGAAUGCCGUAAUAGCGUCAUAUUUUCGAUGGAUACAUAGUGUUUGUUUGGGUUAUGUAUACUAAGUUCUGCGUAUCCUACAAAUGUAUAGUCUCCUAUCAACAUCAUUUUAUAUUUAGAUCUACUUCGCACCUCAGUCCGAGUUUUUAGCGAAGUUGCGUGGGAGUAUAAUAAAGUUAAAAAUAGUUUAUAGGGUUUGA